CCCCAGUCUUUCUCCAGAGGGCUUUCGCAAUGCCACGGUCAUUUCUGGUGAAGAUAAAAAAAACUUACCAUCAGGUUCGCUCCACCGAUGAUGAAGUGUUUCCCAAACUGGAGCCAGCACCAUCGCCUCCUGCUGAUUCAACUUCUUGGUCUCCAGGACAUUGUGUAGAACCCAAGGCUGGGGUGAAAGGUCAUGACACCCAACCUGGGUGGGAGGGGCUCCCAUGGGAGAACAGCACAGCCAAUGAGAAGGCAUCUCCAUGUCACAUGACCAAGGACACCACCCACACCUUCUGUUCAGAGUCAGCUUCUCUAGCUCCGCGAUUGGCCAGCAAUGAAGAUUGCUUGCUGUCUCCAGUCUCUGCGCCCGGUUUCCCCUGGGGUCGAUUCCAGAAUGUGUAUGAUUUGUGCCAUCUCUCCUCUGGCUUUCCCUCCUCUCUCCUGGUGGGCACAGCUGAUUUGUACGGAUCCCGUGUUUCGAGACCCUUGGAGAUUGACCAACCGAUUGACUACAGCACCCACUACAGCUCGGCAUCCAGCUCCUACAACUGCGUCAAGUGUAACAAGGUCUUCUCCACCGCCCAUGGUCUUGAGGUCCAUGUCAGGCGGUCACACAGUGGGAUUCGACCUUUUGCCUGUGACUUGUGUGGGAAAACAUUUGGUCACGCAGUCAGCCUGGAGCAACACAUGAACAUCCACUCACAGGAAAGAAUCUUUGAAUGUAAAAUGUGUGGGAAAAGCUUCAAGAGAUCAUCAACGUUGUCCACCCACCUGCUGAUCCACUCAGACACCCGGCCCUAUCCAUGUCAGUACUGUGGGAAACGCUUCCACCAGAAAUCCGACAUGAAGAAGCAUACGUACAUCCACACAGGAGAGAAACCUCACAAGUGCCAGGUGUGUGGGAAGUCAUUCAGCCAGAGUUCCAACCUGAUCACCCACAGCCGCAAGCAUUCGGGCUUCAAACCUUUCGGCUGCGAGCUCUGCGCCAAAGGCUUUCAGCGGAAAGUGGACCUCCGGCGUCACCGGGAGACCCAGCACGGUCUGAAGGCAUAGGAACGGUCAGCGAUCCCGCACCUGUCAGGGUGGCACUGUAGAGCCAGCUGGCAGCACCCCUUACCCUGCGUGUUCUCACACCUAAUACACAUGGCUGUGGGGGAGAAUGACACUCGGGGUCUUAUUUCAGGGCAGAGUGGCAAGGCAGAGCUGGAAGUGGGGGGAGACCAUGGUGUUGUGGUCGUGUCAGUGAUCCCUGACCAACAUCCAGACCUGGGUUCAAAUCCCACCACCCCCACCACAGCUGGUGGAAUUUAAACUCAACUGAUGAUCACCUCUGUAACAGCAUCAAUUGUUGUGGAAGCCCUGUCACUGAUUCACUAAAGCCCUUUACCGGGGGGCGAAAUCUGCCAUCCUUACCCAGCCUGGCCUACACGUGACUCCAGACCCACAGCAACAGGGCUCACCCCUAAUGGCCCUUUGAAAUGUUCUGCAGAGCCACUCUGUUCAAGGGCAGUUAGGGGGAGGGUCACGAAUACUGGAACAUCUGAUCCCUCUGUGCUGCCGCCUGUCCUCACCUUUUCUGUCAUUACUUCGGGGAUGGCCUGUGUGACUUCGGUUAACGUUACUGCAAUCAGAAAUCCCCCAUACCACCCGCAACAGAGCGGUCACUUUAUCACAGAUUGACUCUCAUCACUCUCAGGCCACCACCUUCCUCUCUAACCUCACAAUCUCCAUCAGUGCCUAAAACCCCUCAACAUCUCUGCAAUUCUCUACUCUCUGACCUCUUGUGUAUUGCACAGUUCCUUUGCUCUCUCAGCAGUGUUGACCCUAAGCUUUGCAAUCCUCUCCCUAAACCUCUCCACCCAUCUCUCUCCACUUUUAAGACACUCCUAAAAAUCUACCUCUUUGACCAUGGACUAAGUUUGUGGUAAGCUGUACUAAUAGCGUCUUCUUUUUAAUUUGCUCAGUGUGAAAGUUUCUCUGGUUCCACACCUGUUGGAAACACCAUGGGAUAUUUUAUUAUCUUCAAGAUGGGCUGCUCAGUGGUGAGCACUGCUGCCUCACAGCACCAGGGACCCAGGUUCAAUCCCACCCUCGGGCAACUGUCUGUGUGGAGUUUGCACAUUCUCCCUGUGUCUGCGUGGGUUCCCUCCGGGUGCUCCGGUUUCCUCCCACAGUCCAAAGAUGUGCAGGUUACGAUGGAUUGGCCAUGCUAAAUUGCCCGUAGUGUUCAGGGAUGUGUAGAUUGGGGGAUGCUCUGUGGACUUGUUGGGCCAAAGGGCCUGUUUCCACGCUGUAGGGAUUCUAUGGUCUAAAUGCAAGUUGUUGUUGCUGAUUAACUUAAGUCAAACCGAUCCAGAAGGUACUGAAUUCUGAAGCAGUCAUUCUGGACUUGAAACUUUAACUGUUUCUCUCUCUCCAGAUGCUGCCAGACUUGCUGAGCCUUUCCAGUACUUUCUGACUUUGUUUCCAAUCUUCAACAUCUGCAGUUAUAGAGUCAUACAGCUCUUUGUUUUAAUUUAUUAAGAAUGUUCCUGGGUUAGGCACUCAGUGAAUGAUGGUGUGGAAGGGUCAGGGGGCAUGGGGUGGCCUCAGUGCCGCUGGGCGUGUGGAGGGGGUGGGGACAUGGUAUGAAUUGGGGGUUUGUGCUCUCAGACGCCGUUCCAUGGCCUGUGCAGCCUGAACAUCGAUGGAGGGUUGAGGAAAGGAACAGAAUGGUUUCAGAGAAGAUAACUAACUUUGCGUUGGAAACCUUUCUUUAAUUCCAGUGUUUCCUUUUAUGUACAUGAGCACAAUAUUAGACAAAAGAAAACAUAGAAUCUAGAGCAGGAGGAGGCCAUUCGGCCCCUCGAGCCUGCUUUGCUAUUCAAUUGGACCAUGGCUGAUCAUCCAACUCUUUAUAGCCUGUUUCUGCUUACCCCCAGAUCCAUACUCAGUGACCCCCCCCGCCCCCAACUUCCACAACCUUUUGUUGGGUAAGAAUUUCACAGAUUCACCAGCAUCUGAGUGAAGAGAUUCCUCAUGUCACUCCUCAGUGGUCUACCCUAUAUCCCCCUGAGACGGUGUCCCUGGUCCCUGAGGUGCUGGAGAGGAGUCACUGGACUCGAAACAUAAAUGCUGUUUCCUCUUCAUGGAUGCUGCCAGACCUGCUGAGUUUCUCCAACAUAUUUGUAAUUUUGUUUGUCCCUGGUUCUUGACUCCCCGACCAGCGUAAACAUCCUCCCUGCACCUCAUGUGGCCAAUUCCUGGUAAACUUCUUUAUUUUGCAAUCAGACUGUACAGGACAGAAACAGGCCAUUUGCUCCAAAUGGGCAUGCUAGGCUUGGGUGUUUAUGUCACAUCUAAGCCUGCUAGCUCUCCUUUAUCUCACCCUAACAUACCCCCUUCGAUACAUUCCACUCUCCCUGAUGUAGUUAUUCAGCCUCUCCCCAUACAGUAUUCACUUCACCCACUCCUUGUGGAGGGGGGUUGGGGGGGACAUCCACAUUCUUGUCACUCUCAGCAUGAAGAGGUUUCUGCAGAAUUCCUAACUGGAUUUAUUAGUGACUGUCUGAUACUUGUGACUCCUAGUUUUAAUCUCUGCCAUUAGUGGAAAUGUUCUUUCUCUCUCUCUCUCUCUCCAUCUAACCUGUCAAAGUCUUAGUGAAAACCUCUAUUACGUUGCCCCUCAGGUUUCUUUUCUCUUCAGAAGGCAACUCCAACUUGUUUAUAUUUUCCUGACGGUGAUAAACCUCGCAGGCUGGUGUCAUCCUCAAAAAUUCUCUUCUGUUGCUACAGGAUUUCUAUUCGAAGAGUAGUUUGUUACUUUCCUGGGUUAAAGCAUUCUGCGCCCAGUCAUUUGGACUGUUCCAGUGUAACUCCUCGUGGGGAAUGAAGACCUAUCUUACUCCAGCACUGGGGAGGGGUGGAAUUAGCAAAGGGUGCAGCUUGGAAGGAGGCCAUUCACCCCAUUGUACCUGUGCUAGCUCUUGUCAAUAUUCCAGCAAUUUGAAAGUUGCUAUGUUUUCACAGCGUCAUGUGUUGCUGUGUCAUUAGAGAAAGCAAUGACCAGAGGUGAAUUUAACCUGAGGGUGCCUAUGCCUUGAGUUGGUGGAGGGGUAGGGUUGAGAAAGCAGGUCCUUCAGGAUGACCUUAGUCACUCCAGAAAUCGAACCCAUGCUGUUGGGGGUUACCCUGCAUUGCAAACCAGCUGUCCAGCCAACUGAGCUAACCCUUACCCCUAACUAUUUCUCCAAUUCCCUUUGGAAAGUCACUAUUGAAUCUGCUUUCAGGCAAAACACACUCUGGGUCACAACAUCCUGCUCCCCCUCUUUUUAAGCUGAUUGGUUUAAAUCUGAAAAUCACAACAGGUCAGGCAGCAUCCAUGGAGAGAGAGCAAGCUAACGUUUCAAAUCUAGAUGACUCUUCAUCAAAGCUGGUAAUCAGAGCUCCGAUGAAGAGUCAUCUAGACGUUAGUGAAACGUUAGCUUGCUUUCUCUCCACAGAUGCUGCCUGACCUGCUGUGACCUCCAGCACUUUUUGUUUUCAGUACAGAUUCCAGCAUCUGCAGUCACUUGCUCCUGUAUUGUAUUUUAAUUCUGUGUCCUACGGUUUCCUACCCUCCCAGAUCCCUUGGGGAUGGUGGACUGGACCUUACUGAUGUUGCAGCAUGGAAUCCUCUCCCCAGCUCCACCAACUUGCCAUCUAAUCCCAAGACUCCUGGGCCCAGGGGACUCCCAGAGAUACCAAGAUGAGUUGGAGGCCCAUUCCCUGAUGGCAGUGCGGGUGCACUGUGACUCUUUGGGAGAGGUCCUGAAGGGGACGCCCAGUGAAGGCACCUCUUUAUUUCUCCCGCCACUCUGUUAAACAUUCUCAGCAGUGAGCAGGCAGCUGCUGGUCUCUGAGACUGUGACUCUCCCUGGACGCUGGCAAAUGAAUGGAGCCAACCCUGUAUUACUGGGCAGGGUAAGCCUAACCGUGCCAGGAUGCUGCUGAGGGUCUGACCUGUGAAACUGCUCCCCCUCCAAUCCCUGUCCUCCACCCCACCUCCCCGUCCCCCUCCCCACCAAUUCCCAGGUGAGAGAAAUGCCAAAAGUUUAUUCAAGAUGGUGACAGAGCGGGAGGAAAGGAUGCACUCAGCGCUGUAGGAAGGAAACUGACCGUGCCCCAGGACACAGUCAUGGUGUGACACUGAUGACACUAAAUCUCCAGGAUUACAAGAGCAUCUCCAGAAGUUGGCUUAGACUAGGUUCCAGGGCACUGUCGAGAGACCCAAACCCGGGCAAAACUCAGCUCAGGGGCUGUCAAGGAAAUUGUAUUUUUUUUCAGAAAAUUCUUUUUGAAUACUUUUCCUUGUCAUAUCAGACCUGGUAAGUCAAGCCCUCUUGGUCAACAGUCAAGAUUCCUGGAGUCCCUACAGUGCAGAAAGAGGCCGUGCAGCCCAUCAAAAUCUGCACCGACCCUCGGAAGAGAAUCCUGUCCAAUCCACCCCAUUCCCCAUAACACCACAUGGCUAACCUACCUAAACUGCACAUCCCAAAACACUACAGGCCAAUUGAACAUGGGCAAUCCACCUAGCCUGCACGUCUCUGGACUGUGGGAGAAAACCGGAGCACCCGGAGGAAAUCCACGGAGACACGGGGAGAGUGCGCAAACUCCACGUAGACAGUUGCCCGAGGGAGGAAUCGAACCUGACCCACCAGGCUGCUCUGAUAUUCAGAACAAUCGUCCAAUGGACAGCUGAGAAUUCCAUUCCCGUUCUGACUGGCUGUGGGUGCUGUGAAAAUGGACAGGCAAGCAACCGAUAGUGAACGUGUUGGGUGGAGGGAAAAUUGGAGACGAAGAAACCGCCAGGACAAUGUCCAAUGACAGUUGACUGGGAAGAGGGUGGGAAAGCGGAUGUGAGGAAUUUCGGAUCAGCCAUGUUCCUGUUGAAUGGUGGAGCAGGUUCGAGGGGCCAAACAGCCUCCUUCUGUUCUUAUUCCUUACGGUCUUGUUCCUAUGCUGAAGCUUCCUUAAUGGUUGUUUUGCCUCUUUCUGUUUCUGAUGCCGGAUGAAAUUUAUCGAGAAUAAAUUCUUGCUGAAUCAA